CCUUUGACCUUUCUUUCAUUUUGUUAUUCUAAUUAACUACCACCAGCUGCAGUGUAUCCACAGUCUCCAAGCCCAAGCUCUUAACUGAGGGAAUAAUGAGCUCUGUGCUUCUAAGGAGAAGCUGGCAGCCUCGCCUGCUGCCCCUGAUGGCCUCCAGGCAGCUGACUUCCUCCACUGGUGAUGCUGAUCUGGUGGUCAUAGGUAGUGGUCCUGGAGGUUAUGUGGCUGCCAUCAAAGCUGCUCAACUAGGCCUUAAGACCGUGUGUGUUGAGAAGGACCCCACACUGGGAGGCACUUGCCUUAAUGUAGGCUGCAUUCCAUCGAAGUCGCUACUCAACAACUCCCAUUACUAUCACAUGGCUCAGACAGACUUUGCUAAUCGUGGUAUUGACGUGAGUGGUGUUAGCCUCAACCUUGACAACAUGAUGAAGGCCAAGGCAGACUCUGUCAAGCAACUCACCACUGGGAUUGAUGGGCUCUUCAAGAAGAAUAAGGUUACUCGUGUGGAAGGUCACGGCACUAUUACAUCACCCAAUCAAGUAACUGUAACCAAUGGCAAUGGAGAGAAACAAGUCCUGGCAACCAAGAACAUUCUCAUAGCAACGGGGUCAGAGGUCACUCCAUUCCCCGGCAUUGAGAUUGAUGAAGAGACCAUAAUCUCCUCUACUGGUGCGCUCUCUCUGAGUGCCGUUCCUCCGAGGUUGAUCCUCAUAGGUGCAGGGGUCAUAGGUCUCGAGUUAGGGUCCGUUUGGAGCCGACUGGGAUCAAAGGUCACUGCUAUAGAGUUCCUACCAACUGUGGGUGGCAUUGGUAUCGAUUUGGACGUCUCGAAAACUCUUCAGCGUAUUCUCAAGAAGCAAGGAGUCAACUUCAAGAUGGGUACAAAGGUCAUCAGUGCUGCUCGUACGGCUGGCGGGGCUGUAGAGGUUGCCAUGGAGACUAAGGGGAAAACAGAAACGAUGGAGUGUGAUGUACUGUUAGUGUCCAUUGGCCGACGCCCCUUCACCACUAACCUGGGACUAGAGAAUGUUGGUGUUGCCACUGAUGAUAAAGGUCGAGUCCCUGUGGAUGAGAGCUUCAGAACAUCAGUACCAAGUAUUCUAGCUAUUGGUGACUGUAUCCAAGGUCCCAUGUUGGCCCACAAGGCAGAGGAUGAAGGCAUCAUUGCAGUGGAGGGGUUGGUGGGAGGAGUGGGCCACCUUGACUACAACUGUGUCCCCUCUGUCAUCUAUACACACCCUGAGGUUGGCUGGGUUGGCAAGUCAGAGGAGGAUCUAAAGAAGGAAAAGGUUGACUACAGAGUGGGGAAAUUCCCCUUUGCAGCUAACAGCAGAGCUAAAACAAAUGCUGACACUGAUGGGUUUGUCAAGGUACUGAGUGAUGCUAAAACUGACAGAGUGUUAGGAGUACACAUUAUUGGAUCAAUAGCUGGAGAGCUGAUCAAUGAAGCAGUGCUGGCUAUGGAAUAUGGUGCAUCAGCAGAGGACAUUGCCAGGGUCUGCCAUGCACAUCCAACUUGUGCUGAAGCUCUGAGAGAAGCUAGUCUAAUGGCUUAUUGUGGAAAUGCUGUCAACUUUUAGACUGCCUAUAGUAACAACUAAUACAGUCUCUAUGUUUCUUAGUAGACAUUUAUAUGCAUUGUGUGUGUGUGUGUGUGUGACUAAAUUAGAGUACAAUGUUUAUGACGUAACGGUGAA